AUGUCAAUGCCCCCUCUUCCUCAGAGCGCCGACAAAAGUGCAAUCUGCGCUCGAUUAGGCCUUAGUGAUCGUAUUCACAAACUGCUCUUGAAAGAAGCCGAAAUCGCUCGAGACGCACUAAGCAGUAACCCGUACAAUUUGACAGACCAGUCCAAGACAGACCCGUCCGUAUGCGAGCCCUACAGGUGGGACGAAAUAUCCGAGACCGCAAAGCAUUCGUGUGUGUUGAUGGUGGUUCGCGAUGCCUGCCCUGAGACUCGUCCAUAUUAUUACAUGGGCUGUUACAGAACCGCAGUCAACGAAGAGAACUGGGUCGCUAGAUGGUACCUUUGGCACAGCUUCCGCUACAGGUGGGUCAAUUAUGGCCAUGAUAUAGAACCGUAG